CAACAGGAGGACUGAGCAACAGCAUCGCGCUUCCCUCAGAGUUUCAGUUUGAGGAACGGGAGCAUGAAGCUUUUUUUUUUGGUGAUGUGUUUGAUUGCUCCGGGAAGUUUCCUGGUACAUUUGGAUUGGAUUUUUGAUCAGCAGUGAUGUAAGGAGGAACUGAAAGACUGGCACAUCUACUUUGGGUUUUUUUUGGUUCUGUUUUCUUCUAUUAGUAUAAAAGUAGAACAAUAUAAAACAGAACAAUAAAAAAAGAACAAAGAGCACGAGAAAAGUCAUUUGCAUGUAAAAAUGGAGCUAUUACAAUGACGAACCCAUCAGUCUGAAGAGAAGGUCACCAGAUGUUCGAGAGGAGCGCCGUCCACCAACGGCUGUGCUGGGGAGCUCUCUACCUGUUGGCAGCAGGGGUGGCACUGACAUCUGAGACGCGUUGGCUGUGUCCGCCAUCCUGCCACUGUAAUGCUACGGUGCUGGAAGUGAACUGCUCUGGUGGCCAACUUACCAGAGUUCCUGAUGGUCUCUCACAGGAAGCCAGGCUGCUAAACUUAACCCACAACACACUUAAGACUUUGGUGCGUCAGCAGUUCCACACGCUGACACAGCUGUCGGACUUGGAUUUAAGUGACAAUCUUUUGGUAAUAAUUGAAGUGGAAGCCUUUCUUGGCUUGCAGAGUCUGAGAACUCUGCGCCUUUGUCGCAAUCACCUGAAGAUUAUCCCAGUGGGAGCGUUUGCUGGCUUAACAAACCUCCAGUUACUGGACGUAAGCAGCAAUCAGCUUCUUGUUUUCCUUGACUUUGCUUUCAGUGAAUUAAACGCCCUGCGGUUCAUGAAAGCUGCAGAUAAUGACUUGGUUUAUGUCUCUCAUCAAGCUUUUACAGGACUAAUCAGUCUGCAGGAGCUGCACCUUGAUGGCUGCAACCUUACUGCUAUGCCAAUGGAGGCGCUCACACAACUUAGCGUGCUGAGAAGCCUUAGUUUUCACCGACUGGGCCUCACUACGCUGCCAAACUACUCUUUCCGCCACCUAGUCCACCUAAAGGAACUUGUCAUUUCUCAUUGCCCCUGGCUGGAGAGUCUGUCAGGGAACAGUCUCUUUGGCUUAAACCUCACAUCACUAACCAUUAAACAUGGCAACCUAAGUGCCUUCCCCUACAUCCCCUUACAUCACCUUGUAUAUCUCGUAUACCUUGACCUUUCUUUUAACCCCAUCACCUACAUUCAUGCAAACCUUCUCGGAGACUUGCUCCGGCUCCAAGAGUUACAUCUUGUUGGGGGAUCGCUGCUUAGGAUUGAAAUCGGAGCAUUCAGGGGUUUGGCCCACUUCAGAUUGCUGAAUGCAUCCAGAAACCGUCUUACCACACUUGAGGUUGGAGCUUUUUAUUCAGUGGACAUCCUAAGAACUCUGGGGCUUGAUAACAACCCACUGGCAUGUGACUGCCGUUUGCUUUGGGUGGUGCAAAGGCGACUAUACAUGGACUUUGGUGAAAGUCCGCCAACUUGCAUUACCUCAGUCCAGCUGCAGGGCUGGAAUUUUCUGGAUUUCCCUGAGGCUGAGCUGCCGGAUUUGCUUACCUGUCGGCCACCUCGAAUUCUUAACCGCAAAGUUCAGGUGAUGAAAGUAGAUCAGGGACACACAGUGGUGUUUCACUGCAGUGCCGAAGGUGACCCUCUGCCAUCUGUCAGAUGGCUAAACCCACAGUUAAGAUCUUUAUCACCCAUCGGCAGAGUACGAGCUCUGUCCAAUGGCUCGCUGGAGGUUCGCUACGCUCAGCCUCAAGAUAGUGGCAAGUAUCUCUGCGUGGCAUCAAACGCAGCGGGAAAUGACAGCCUGCCCGUUAGCCUUCAUGUCCAAACCUUUCCAUCAUCUUCUAAGAAACCAUUUCGACUUAAAGGUUGGUCUGCCUUUCCAUCUGCUGCUCCAGGUGUGAACGGAAAUCAGAAACUCCAUUUUGAUGUAAAGACGCUACUGAUAGCAGCAACCAUAGGGUUUCUCUCAUUUUUCAGCUCUGUGAGUGUUUGUUUCAUUUUCAUGUUCUUCUGGAGUAAGGGCAAAGGUCAGAUAAAACACACAGCUACAAUCGCGUAUGUGCCACGAAGCGCCAUGUCGAGCAGUAAUGGAGGGACAAGCAGCUAUAUGGAAACGGGGAGGUUUACCAUGAAACUGUUAUGAGUCAAUAAGCAAAGAAUAUA